CAGGGCACUCGGGCCCUCAGGCGGAGCGGCGGGCCGCCGGACCCCCAGGCGGAGCGACAGGUCUCGGGCCCUCAGGCGGAGCGGCGGCGCCGCGACCCCCAGGCAGAGCGACAGUCUCGGGCACCUCAGUGCGGAGCGGCAGGCGCCGGGCACCCCCAGGCGGAGCGACAGGUCUCGGGCCCAUCAGGCGGAGCGACAGUCUCAGGCCCCCCAGGUGGGGCGGCGGGCGCCGGACCCCCAGGCGGAGCGACAGGUCGACAGGUCGGCCCCCGUUCAAGGGUGAAGCGGCGGGCACCGAGUCACCAGGCACGACAGUGGGCUCCGAGUCAACCUUGGCAUGACUGGGCACUGGGUCAGACAUUGGAUCGUCUGACUGGACAGCGGGCAUCGGGUCACCAGGCAUCAAGCGAUCGAGUCAACUGGCCUAAUAGGAUCGUCAGGCUGGAUCAGUUCAUCAUGCUGGGUAGAGGCAUCAGGCUGAGUAGGGCAUCAGGCAGAGUAGAGGCUUCAGGCUGAGUAGAGGCUUCAGGCUGAGUAGAGGCUUCAGGCUGAGUAGAGGCUUCAGGCUGA